AUGACUGACAUCACUGACGACAUAGCGGAGGAAAUCUCCUUCCAAGGCUUCGAUGAUGACUGCAAUAUGCUUGGAAGUCUUCUCAAUGACAUUUUGCAGAGAGAGGCUGGCCCCUCCUUCGUUGAUAAGCUCGAAAAAAUCCGAGUCCUAGCACAGAGUGCUUGUAACAUGAGACAUGCGGGGAUUGAAGACAUGGCUGAGCUGCUAGAGAAGCAAUUGGCUUCAGAAUUAUCCAAGAUGACACUAGAAGAUGCUCUUACCAUUGCUCGUGCCUUUAGCCACCAUCUUACUUUGAUGGGUAUAGCUGAAACUCACCAUAGGGUUCGUAGAGGAGGAAACCUGGUUCUUGUUGCAAGAUCUUGUGAUGACAUCUUUAACCAGCUGUUGCAAGAUGGAGUUACUCCAGACGAGCUUUAUGACUCAGUUUGCAAGCAGGAGGUCGAAAUUGUUCUCACAGCUCAUCCCACUCAAAUUAAUCGUCGUACUUUGCAAUACAAACACAUGAAAAUUGCUCAUCUUUUGGAUUAUAAUGAUCGACCUGAUCUUGGCCCUGAAGAUCGAGAUAUGCUGAUUGAAGAUCUGGUGAGAGAGAUAACUUCAAUAUGGCAGACAGAUGAACUUAGGCGUGAAAAACCCACACCAGUUGCUGAAGCCAGAGCCGGAUUGAAUAUUGUGGAGCAAUCACUCUGGAAAGCUGUUCCUCGUUAUUUACGUCGAGUUAGCAGUGCUUUAAAGAAGCACACAGGAAAACCACUUCCAUUGAUUUGCACUCCAAUAAAGUUUGGAUCUUGGAUGGGAGGUGACAGAGAUGGAAACCCAAAUGUGACAGCAAAGGUCUCAAAAGAGGUUUCACUCCUGUCAAGAUGGAUGGCAAUUGACUUAUACGUCCGGGAAAUAGAUAGCCUGAAAUUUGAGCUAUCCAUGAAACGGUGCAGCGAUGAGUUGUCAAAAUUGGCACAAGAAAUUCUAGAAGAAGCUAAUGAUGAGGAGAAUCACCGUGAGAAUUGGAAUGAAUCUAUGAGUAGAAGUCAAUUGAAACAUCCUAAUCAACAAGCUUCAUCACUUCCAACUAAACUUCCACCUGGAGCUCAUUUACCCUCUUGUGCUGAAAAGGGUGGAUCUGAGCAUCCCAGACUCAUGCCAGGAGCUGAUCACAAGCAACUCAAUCAUAAGGGUGGUCAGACUUCAAGUUCAUCAGAGACCAAUGGUGGCGGUUCCAAUCUCCGUCCACCAAUACCAAUUUCACCAAGUUCCAGUGUUUCUUCAUUAGUUUCAAUGGCACGCUCUCCUUCUUUCAACUCUAGCCAGCAACUUCUUGCUCAGAGGAAAUUGUUUGCAGAAUCCCAGACAGGAAGAACCAGUUUCCAUAGGCUUUUGGAGCCGAAGCUCCCUCCGCUUCCUGGAAUUGCCCCUUAUAGAGUUGUCCUUGGAAAUGUAAAAGAUAAGGUAUUACUUCAAAAUUGGCUGCUUGGACCCAUGUAUUCUGUUUCUGCUGCUAAAGCUGAUUAUGAAAUCAAGAGGGCAGAACCAUUAAGGAAUGAUAUUAUUGCAGAAAAUGUUGUGAAUGUCAUAUUGAAGACCUAUGGAUCAUUAACUUAUAUGUAUUUAGGAACUAUGGUGGACAAGAUGAAAAUCGUACUUCUGAGAACUCGUAGACGGUUGGAGCUUCUUAUCGAGGAUGGUCCAUGCGAACAUAACUCUAUGGAUUAUUAUGAAACAACAGAUCAGCUUUUGGAACCCCUACUCCUUUGCUAUGAAUCUUUGCAAUCAUGUGGAUCUGGGGUGCUAGCUGAUGGUCGACUUGCUGAUCUGAUUCGAAGAGUUACUACUUUCGGGAUGGUGUUAAUGAAACUUGACUUGCGUCAGGAAUCUGGCAGACAUGCUGAAACACUUGAUGCAAUUACAAGGUAUUUGGAUUUGGGAACAUACAGUGAGUGGGAUGAAGAAAAGAAACUGGACUUCUUAACUAGAGAGCUGAAAGGGAAGAGACCACUGGUUCCCCCUAGUAUAGAGGUUGCUCCAGAUGUUAGAGAAGUCUUGGACACGUUCCGAACUGCUGCUGAGUUAGGGAGCGAUUCAUUUGGUGCCUAUGUGAUAUCUAUGGCCUCAAAUGCCAGUGAUGUUCUUGCAGUAGAGCUUUUGCAAAAGGAUUCACGACUUGCUGUUAGUGGGGAGUUGGGAAGAGCUUGUCCUGGUGGAACGCUGCGGGUGGUUCCUCUAUUUGAAACUGUGAAGGACCUGAGAGGAGCUGGUUCAGUUAUCAGAAAGCUUUUGUCAAUAGAUUGGUAUCGCCAACACAUCAUUAAAAACCAUAAUGGGCAUCAAGAGGUUAUGGUUGGGUAUUCUGAUUCUGGGAAAGAUGCUGGUCGCUUCACUGCUGCAUGGGAACUAUACAAAGCUCAAGAAGAUGUUGUGGCUGCAUGCAAAGAGUAUGGUAUUAAGGUUACCCUCUUCCAUGGCCGUGGGGGGAGUAUUGGCCGCGGUGGUGGCCCAACAUAUAUGGCUAUUCAGUCUCAACCACCCGGCUCUGUGAUGGGAACCCUUCGUACAACUGAGCAAGGGGAGAUGGUGCAGGCCAAGUUUGGGUUGCCACAAACAGCUGUUAGACAACUUGAGAUAUACACAACAGCUGUGCUACUUGCUACACUUCGUCCUCCUCUCCCGCCACGUGAAGAAAAGUGGCGCAAUCUCAUGGAAGACAUUUCAAAGAUCAGUUGCCAGUGUUACCGCAGUGUGGUGUAUGAAAAUCCAGAAUUCCUGUCCUACUUCCAUGAAGCCACACCUCAAUCAGAGCUUGGCUUCCUCAACAUUGGUAGCCGCCCCGCAAGGCGAAAGAGCACCACUGGAAUUGGAAACCUCCGUGCCAUUCCCUGGAUUUUUGCAUGGACUCAAACCAGGUUUGUUCUUCCAGCAUGGCUUGGAGUUGGAGCAGGCUUGAAAGGUGCUUGUGAGAAAGGACAAACUGAAGAGCUAAGGGCCAUGUACAAAGAGUGGCCUUUCUUUCAAAGCACAAUAGACUUGAUUGAGAUGGUUCUAGGAAAAGCAGACAUUCCUAUUGCCAAGCACUAUGAUGAAGUUCUUGUCUCAGAGAAGAGACGAGAACUUGGAAGUCAACUCAGGAAUGAGCUCAUCCAAACUAGCAAGUUUGUGCUAUCUGUUAGUGGGCAUGAGAAACCUCAGCAGAAUAACAGGAGCUUAAGGAAACUGAUUGAGAGUAGACUUCCCUUCCUCAAUCCCAUGAACAUGUUGCAAGUAGAGAUACUCAAGAGGCUAAGAAUUGAUGAUGACAACCUCAAAGCCAGAGAUGCCUUGCUUAUAACCAUUAAUGGCAUUGCUGCUGGGAUGAGAAACACUGGUUAA